AUGGCCGACACCACUUCCCCCAAUUCCAUUUUUGUCACUCUGAAGGACGUCGCCAAGAUGAUCGACCACUCGCUGCUGCAUCCGACCAUGACCGAUGCUGACAUCGACGCUGGCCUCGAAAUCGCGAAAAAGUAUGGCGUUGCUACAGCGUGCGUGAAGCCUUACCUCAUAUCGCGGGCGAAAGAAGCGUUGGCCGGAUCGGACGUCCUAGUCUGCCCCGUCGUUGGCUUCCCGCAUGGCAACAGCACCACUGAAGUCAAAGUCUUUGAGGCUACCAGAGCUGCAUCGGAGGGCGGCAAAGAGAUAGACAUGGUCAUCAACAUCGGCAAGGCCCUGGGCGGCGACUGGCAGUACGUGGCUGACGAGAUCAAGCAGAUCAACGAAGCCGUUGUGCAGCACGGUGCCAUCCUCAAGGUCAUAUUCGAAAACGACUAUCUCGAGGAGCGUCAUAUCAUCCGGCUGUGCCAGAUCUGCUCUGACGUUGGCGUUGCCUUUAUCAAGACGUCAACUGGGUACGGCUUCGUCAAGCAGUCGAACGGACUGUAUACAUAUGCGGGGGCUACUGUCCCGCAUCUGAAGCUGAUGAGACAGCAUUCCAAGCCUGAGGUUCAAGUGAAGGCAGCUGGUGGCGUUCGCACACUGGACGAUGUGCUACAUGUUAUGUCGCUCGGCGUCACUCGGAUCGGAGCGACUGCUACUGUGGCGAUCAUGGAAGAGGCGGCGUCGAGGGGCAUUACGGACGAGCCAUCGCGCGUCCACUUCAAGCCCAUGGCCGACUCAUCAUUGGGAGGAUACUAGAGAGGUGUUGGGUGACUGUAGCUCGGGGGACUCGCAUAUGUGGCGCACACGUAAGGUUGCGCAGGCGAGGCUGCUGCGGGUGCUUGUGGUCACGUCUAUGAUGUUGGCAGUGUUUGUGCGGGUCAGCUAGUUCAGAGUAGGGUCGGUAGAUAGAGCGAGCUUGAACACGCAGAGAUCGUUAUAUAUAGGUUCUCACAAAAUAUAUAUAUAUGAUAUUUGUGUGU